CGUCACGUGACGAGGAGGGCGGGGUCUCUGGCACUGCGCGGCCGGAAGCGUCCCGCGGCCGGGGAGAGAGUGGGUAAGAGGGCGGGGGGGAGGGGGAGACUAGCCGCUUGGGGGAGGAGCUUGAGCGCCAGCCGUCGUCUCCGUUCUGCCAGCAAUCGGGUCCGCGUCUCUGGUGACUGUCAUACAGCUUCAAGUCCUUACCUCGCGGCACUACAGACUCCCACCUCCCCUCACCGAGUCGUUUACGCUUGCCCGACAAGAGCGAUCCCCGGCGAUCGGCGGCAGGGAAUGGAAGCGGAGAACGCGGGCAGCUGUUCCCUUCAGGUUCCGCCUUUCUAUUCGUUCCCAUUUCCACCAGCGAUGGCCGAGGCGCCUGCCCCCAUGGUACCGAGGGAAGAGCCGAUGCCUGAGGAGCCAGCGCCGGCCGAAGCCCCGCUGCCCGCCCCGGCGGAGGAGCCCAUGCCAGAGGCCCCAAGAGGAAGAAAAAGGAAACCUAGAGCAACACAAACCAAAAAGCCCGCGGAACCCAAAAAGAAGGCAGCAGAACCCAAAAAACCUGCUGAGGCAAAAAAAUCUGGCAAAUCCAAAAAAUCAAAAGACAAGCAAGAAAAAAUCACAGAUGCGUUUAAAGUCAAAAGAAAAGUAGACCGUUUUAAUGGCGUUUCAGAAGCUGAGCUUUUGACAAAGACUCUCCCCGACAUUUUGACGUUCAAUCUGGACAUCGUCAUUAUUGGCAUAAACCCCGGACUCAUGGCUGCUUACAAAGGGCAUCAUUAUCCUGGACCUGGAAACCAUUUUUGGAAGUGUCUGUUUAUGUCAGGGCUGAGUGAAGUUCAGCUGAAUCACAUGGACGACCACACGUUACCGGGGAAAUACGGUAUUGGGUUUACCAAUAUGGUGGAAAGGACCACGCCAGGCAGCAAGGAUCUUUCCAGUAAAGAAUUCCGUGAAGGAGGACGUAUACUCGUGCAGAAGUUGCAGAAGUAUCAGCCAAGAAUAGCAGUGUUUAAUGGAAAAUGUAUUUAUGAAAUAUUUAGUAAAGAGGUUUUCGGAGUCAAGGUGAAGAACUUAGAGUUUGGACUUCAGCCCCAUAAAAUCCCAGACACAGAAACUCUCUGCUAUGUCAUGCCGUCAUCCAGCGCCAGAUGUGCUCAGUUCCCUCGCGCCCAGGACAAAGUGCAUUACUACAUUAAGUUGAAGGACUUAAGAGAUCAGCUGAAAGGCAUUGAACGGAACACAGACGUUCAGGAGGUGCAAUAUACAUUCGACUUGCAGCUGGCCCAAGAGGAUGCAAAGAAGAUGGCUGUUAAGGAAGAGAAGUACGAUCCGGGUUACGAGGCCGCGUACGGAGGCGCGUACACUGGAAACCCGUGCAGCAGUGAGCCCUGCAGCGCCCCUGCCAACGGGCUAAUGGCUCCCGGUGGAGAGUCGGCGCUGAGUGACAUUCCAAAUGGGCAGUGGGUGGCCCCGCCGUUCGCAGACCAGAUUCCUGCCUUCAGUACGCCGUGCGGCACGCAAGAGCAAGAGGCGGGAAACCUGGCCUGAGUGGUGCUUCUUGGCCCUGCCGCAGCGCUGCAGUUUUAAUGCAGCAGUCAGGAAGUGGCCCUCAGUUGCUGACUGAAGUAUUUUAUUAGCAUUUUACUCGAGUGAUGUAAUCAUGGUACAGUUGUGUAGUAGAAUCAACUGUAUGAACCUAAGUAGUUUGGAAAAGAAGAAGUAGGGUUUUUUUUUUUUGUAUGUGAGUUUUUGUAUCCGAAUUAGCCAUCAUUCCAGCUUUUUAUAAACUGUAUUUCACGUAUGAAGAUCCUGAUUUACUUUGGGGAAUCACUUUUACCCUGUACUUUUUAAAAGGCAAGUGUCUGAAUAUUUAUUUUUAUGAUGAACUGUGUCUAAACCUAGAUCUCUACACCCUCGACCCCUUUCUAUGCCCGAGCAGGGCAUGUUUCUCGAGCGGUGCUGCGGGGAGGCCGGCGGCGGCCGUGUGUGCGUGGGCCCUCUGCAGAGUCGCGCGGCAGGGGGCUGUGCUGGACGGGCUCCCGGCGUCCCGGGGCACUCACUCACCUGCAGCUGAGCGCGGUGGUCAGUCUCUGGGGCAGAGAGACUGCAGGGAGGCCUGGCUGCUGCAGGGGACCCGCCCCGACCCAGCCACCCAAGCCCGGUAUCGGCCUCCUCACCCGCGUGCAGAAACACCUCUGCCCGCAGGUGAGUUCAGAGACUGUCAAGGACUUCUCACUUGUGUCCGCUUCCCCUCUGUGGUGCCUUUCCCCAUCUGAUGGGGAAAGCACUGGAAGUCUCUCCAGAUUAUUUAGCCUCCUUGUCUUGAAGGACGUUCCUUGGAAACUGGUAACAAAUGAUUUUUCAGGCCGAGGACUAAGGUGCUAGGGGUGUUUGAUCAUCUGAUUAAAACUGGUGCUUUUAUGUACACAGAUGUACCGAGACAAACAGUACAGACUUUUUCUUGCUAGGCAAACCUGAUAAACCAAGUAUUUAAAAAUACUUUUCUUCUGCAUCGUCAUCUCUGCUCGUUGCCGUGGACUCGUGAACCCCGAGCUGGGUUCAUUUAGAGUAGUGCUCCUUGGUGAUUUGCCUGCCGCGUUUUCCAUGGUGCUAGCUACACUUAGUCUGCACUACUGGAGCUGAUAGAACUUAGAGCUGGGGGUCCAGAAGCGCUAUGUGAGUCCAUUCCCAAUCUCCUCUGUCUGGGGCAUGCUGUUUUUCAUAUGAAAAUAUUUAUGAUUUCCCCCCCCCCAGAGGUCAUAUGGCCUGAUCUCUUUAUGAUAAGAGAAACCCAAGUUGUGUAUCUUAAUAUGGUUUUUUUCCCUUAGGUGGACUGUGAUAGAGUUUGUUUUCUUUCAGUCUAGGUCAAACUGUGUAGUCAUUCAUGUUAUUGAAAUCAUGUACUGUACUGCUGUUUACAUGGAUGUUUGUGCGGGUACUUGGAAGUGCCUUGCAUCAGGGAUCAGGAGCAAUUGAAUUAUUUUUUCAUGGGAUUAUGUAAAGCAUGUAACUUGUUAUUGCUUUUGUAUACAUCUAUUGAAACCUUAAAAUAAAUUCUCCCCCCCCCCUUUUUUUUUUGCGUGCAGAAAAUAGGCCUUUAAGUAAUGGCAGACACACACUAGCGUGUGGUUGUGAGGAGUUUUCCAGGCAUACAACGAUGAUGUUUUUCCUAAGUACAAUGAAUGAGGAGUAAAUGUUGGUAUAUCCUAUGUGUGAUACGACGGUAUGACUUUCAUUAAAUAAUAUGAAAAGGUUUUAAAAUUCAUUUGAAAGUGAUGAUUUCUAAAUAAAAACUACUUUAAGAAGGAUUA